AUGGCAGACGACAAUGUUGCGUUGGUAUCUGAAGAGAUAGUCAGUCGCAAGGCACGCCUGUCUCUACACUCCCUUCCUCGGUGCUCCUCAUUCCUUGAUUACGUACGAGCAUGUACUCGCAGAUUGUCAAGUGGCUCGGCACAGGCCAGAAAUACCACCCCUGCACCAGUGUUGUCAGCGGCACACCCACACCCCGCCACCAGUGUUGUCAGCGGCACACCCACACCCCUGCACCAGUGUUGUCAGCGGCACACCCACACCCCGCCACCAGUGUUGUUAGCGGCACACCCACACCCCGCCACCAGUGUUGUCAGCGGCACACCCACACACCGCCACCAGUGUUAUCAGCGGUACACCCACACCCCGCCACCAGUGUUGUCAGCGGCACACCCACACCCCGCCACCAUUGUUGUCAGCGACACCGCCACCAGUGUUGUCAGCGGCACACCCACACCCCGCCACCAGUGUUGUCAGCGGCACACCCACACCCCUGCACCAGUGUUGUCAGCGGCACACCCACACCCCGCCACCAGUGUUGUUAGCGGCACAACCACACUCCGCCACCAGUGUUGUCAGCGGCACACCCACACACCGCCACCAGUGUUAUCAGCGGUACACCCACACCCCGCCACCAGUGUUGUCAGCGGCACACCCACACCCCGCCACCAUUGUUGUCAGCGGUACACCCACACACUGCCACCAUUGUUAUCAGCGGUACACCCACACCCCGCCACCAAUGUUGUGAGCGGCACACCCAGACACCGCCACCAGUGUUAUCAGCGGUACACCCACACCCCGCCACCAGUGUUGUUAGCGGUACACCCACACACCGCCACGAGUGUUAUCAGCUGUACACCCAAACCCCGCCACCAGUGUUGUCAGCGGUACACCCACACACUGCCACCAUUGUUAUCAGCGGUACACCCACACCCCGCCGCCACCAGUGUUGUUAGCGGUACACCCACACCCCGCCACCAGUGUUGUCAGCGGUACACCCACACACUGCCACCAUUGUUAUCAGCGGUACACCCAAACUCCGCCACUAGUGUUAUCAGCAGUACACCCACACCCCGCCACCAGUGUUGUCAGCGGUACACCCACACACCGCUACCUGUGUUCUUUAUGCAACAUCUUCAGUGGUCUUUUUUGGUAGAUCCAGGAUUUCGGCUCAUAGAGCCUUCUACUGUAGCGCUACUGAAGAAGGCUCUAUGA